UUACUUUUUUACUCAUAUGAUAACAGUUUCUGUGUAGUAAGACCGUUAACAUGUAAACAACAAACGCGUGACGUCAACGAAAAAAAUGAAUGAUUGUGACGUCAGCGAAGAGAAUUUCAGCUCCACAAAGUCCUGAGUGGAACUGUCAAAAGAUUUUGCAGAUGCGUGUAUGAAACAGAUAAUGAGAAGGCUUCUGAAACGGUCGGGGAUGGAGUAAACGCAACCCUACAGUAUGAAUGUGAAGCGUUCGUCCACUCGCCCAAGUCAUCUAAGGCAGCCUUGGGGUUACAUACACGAGCCAGAAAUUGGGUAUGGCUUCAAGAGACUGUCGCCCUAUGAGAUAAGACAGACCGUGGACCGUCUGCAUACAAUCAGAAGAAGGCAAGGGAGGACUUAUGAGCGGCCAAACAAACCCAUGACAGAAGAGCAAGUAGUCCAGAUGCUGGAUCGUCUGACAAAGGCGGACAAAAUUCCCGAUAGUGACAGGCGGGUGAGCUCAUCCCGUUUCCGUGACUACGGAAUAAGCGCCUCGUUUGCCUGGAAAGGUUACAAUUAAAGGGAGAUAACUCCAGUCAGCAGAAUUCCGGAGGAAAUUAAAAAAAAAAAAUGCGUUGGAUGUGCGCAUGACCGGAUUAUUUUUUUUUUUUGGGGGGGGGGGGGGCGAGGGGUGUCUUUUAUUUACUUUUCUUAUUUUUGUGGAUAAUUUAAGUACCCUUUUAUUAUUCUUUUUUUUUAACUUUUAUAAAUUUACAUUGAUUCUCUUUUAAAGAAAAGUUAGUAUGAUUAAAAAAAAUUCAGUUAUUAUUAUUAUUCAUUAUAGAGUUUUGCUAGUUCAUUGGUUCCAUUUUGUCGCAAUCGGAAUAUAGUGUCCAUACUAUUUAUUUUUAACAUCUGGAUGCGGGUCAAGGGUUUUUCUAAACUGGGCGGUACAUAAAAAGGGACGAGAAGCCUGGUAGAUUGUACCUGGGUAACUGUCUUUGCUGUUUAAAUUCGCUUUUGAAUGACAAAUAUCAACCUUUUAUUCAUAUGCAUUGAUAUGUACUCUCCUCCACCUAGCCCUAACCCAUAAGUUAAAAAUACAUUGUAAAUAAAUAAGUGAAUUUAAAA